GCCGCUCGGAGGCCGGCGCCGCGAUGCUCCCCUCCUUGCAGGAAUCUCUGGAUGGGGAUGAAAAGGAGCUAGAGAGCAGCGAGGAGGGAGGCUCCGCGGAGGAGCAGAGACUCGAGCCGCCACCCAGCAGCCACUACUGUCUCUACAGCUACCGCGGAAGCAGAUUGGCACAACAGCGAGGGGACAGUGAUGAUGGAAGCCCAAGCGGCAUAAAUGCAGAAACGCCCUCUGGUGAUGAUUUCAGCCUCUCCUUGGUGGGUACUAAUCUGCCAUCGGAAGUGGAGCCAGACCUGCGUGGUUUCAUUGCUAAGCGUCUUGCUAAGGGAGCAGUAUUUGAAGGGCUGGGUAAUGUUGCAUCUGUGGAGCUGAGGAUUCCAGAAUCCCGGGUCGGUUGUUAUUACUGUCUUUUCCAACAAGAAAAACUGCUUCCUGAAGCAGCAACAGUGGACUCUGAACAUAACGCUUCAGAGUAUGUGGUCUGUUUUUUAGGAGGGUCUGAAAAAGGACUUGAGCUUUUCAGGCUUGAAUUGGACAAGUAUAUUCAAGGGCUGAAAAAUAACAUGAGCUGUGAGGAAAGGGGCCUAGAGAACCACAUAAAAUCCUACCUGAGCAGCUGGUUUGAGGAUGUUGUAUGCCCAAUCCAAAGGGUGGUUCUUCUCUUUCAGGAGAAGCUUACCUUUCUGCUACAUGCUGCUCUGAGUUAUACUCCUGUUGAAGUUAAAGAAUCAGAUGAAAAAACAAAGAGAGACAUUAACAGGUUUCUGAGUGUGGCCAGUCUUCAAGGCCUUAUUCACGAAGGCACCAUGACGUCCUUGUGCAUGGCCAUGACCGAGGAGCCACAUAAAUCUGUGGUCAUCGAUUGCAGCGGCUCCCAGCCUCAGUUCUACAAUGCAGGAAGCAACCGGUUUUGUGAGGACUGGAUGCAGGCUUUUUUGAACGGCACUGAAGGAGGUAACCCUUUUCUUUUUCGACAAGUACUGGAGAACUUUAAACUAAAGGCCAUACAAGACACAAAUAAUUUGAAGAGAUUUAUCCGACAGGCAGAAAUGAAUCAUUACGCUUUGUUUAAAUGUUACAUGUUCCUGAAGAACUGUGGUAGUGGAGAUAUCCUUUUGAAGAUUGUUAAAGUGGAACACGAAGAAAUGCCUGAAGCCAAAAACGUGGUGGCUGUCCUUGAAGAAUUUAUGAAAGAAGCUCUUGUCCAAAGUUUUUGAUCACAUGUUUUGAGAUCAUUGUGUUGUCAAGUUGUACAUAUCAGCCUUGGUGUUUGAAACUGCGGUUGUUGUAAUUGUCAUAGGAUUGCUACUGAAGAUUAUUUCAGACACAUUCUAGAUUUCUUCAUUUCGUACUUUUAAAAUUUAACUUACUUAGACCUAAAAAUCCAAGGACCAUUUUCACUGAGUCUUAGAUGUGCGUUAGAGUCGUGGAAUUUUAGGACGCUGCUGGCCCCAUAAAUUCUAGGCCUCGGGGGGUUGAUGCUCAAAAAUCUUGAAAGGUCAUUUUGUGGCUUCUCUGAGGAGUUGGCUGUGGUAUUUAGCAAUUUUUCCUCCCAGAAAAAUUGUGAUACUCCUUUCUCAAUGUACUAUAGCUUCUUUAAAAAAAAAAAGUCCUCCUAGUCUCAGGACAGAUAGCGCUGCGACACCAUUUCAGAGACAGAUCUGUGCAUUCUGUGGGUGCUUGGAUAGAUUUUUUUUGUUUGAUUAUGGCAUGGAUGACAAAGUUAAGUCAGUACACAAAUCAUGACUGUUUAAGAAAUUAAAUGAGCUUUAAAAAUAGAUACACUAGCUUCAAGACAAAACAUCAUCUCUGACAGAAAGCUACUGCAGAAGUGGCCGCCAGCCCCUUUCUUCAUUCAUUUGUUCACAGGUACCUGCCAAGAGCCUGUAUUUUCUUUUCUGUUUUUCUGUUGAAAAUGCUGGAGUUUUCCAACAGUGUUAAAAAAGAAGCAAAGUACACAAAUUCUACAAGCAAACUGUAACAUAAAGAAUGCAAACAGAUUCUUCAUAUCAGAGUUACUUAUUGAUUUUAGUUUUUUGUAUAUUUGUUAUAAGCCUCAUAUUGUUUUACUCCAAAUCAGUUGAAAAUGGAGCCAUUUAUAAUUCCCAUGGAAGCCAAUUGUAGCUACCCACAUGACGGCAGUUUGUUCUGCAAAGCUCUUUAACAAAUCCAUUUAAUAAUGAUUUUUGGUUAGAAGAUCAGAAGUCUUAUUCUCACUGCCUUCAGGAUGCUCAGAGGAACACAAGCCCAUAAAAAUCCUCUCCUAAACUCAUACAUAAGUUCUGAGUUUUAACUUUGAAAAUGACUGACAAUGGCCUGAUGCUUUCUCUUCUACAGAAGUCUGGGGACAUGACUCACCAAGCCAUUUCUUUUCCUUUAAUGAGAAAUACAAUUCAGCUGUACUCUCAAGAUCUUCAUAAAGGCUCUCAUAUGGUUUUAAAUUUUAAUAACUUGGAUUGUAGGCAAUGUAGAAAACAAAAUCCAAAUAGCAUUUUUUAUAGCAUUAAAUUCAGGAUGACCAUGGGAAAUAAGCAAUUCGAAGGCUUAUUGAACCUGCCCUUGAACCUGGCUUUUUCUAAUGUACUUGGUUACUCAUUUAGAAAUCAAUUUUUUUAAUAGACAACAUUAGGACACCAACACUUGGAGUCUAAAAAACAUAUUUUUCGUUUUCAGAUUCAUGUAUCAUUCAACAGUCCAUGAUGUAAAUGGCAUUUUAAAGUAAAUGUAUUACCUGCUUCAAGCCAUUUAUGGAUAUAGUCAAGGUAUAGUUAGCUAUUCCUUAUGUGUACUUCUACAUAUAUAUUGUGUGAUGCAGGGUCACUACAGUACACAGUUGUGUGCCAUACUGUCUUAUUUUACAAGCCUAUGACAAACUAUCACUAUUCUAGGCAAGGAAAAUGGUGACAUGGAAUCAAGUAUCUUGUUGGCCAUGAGAAGAAACCCAAAGAGCUCAUGACCAGAAACAUGUACUGUAUUCAAAUUUUAAUAAGCUAAUGUAUUCGUUUUUAAAGUUUUAAAAAGGAUUUGUUCACGUGUGGAAUACAUUUAUGUAUUGCUUGUGUGCUCUACAGAGGAAAUAUAUGUUUGUCAUGUAUCAAAAAUGGCCUGUUUAAUUGUAAUUAUAUUUGUAAUAAUAAU